CCGCCACAUCACAAGUAUGGCGGAACACGGAGCAGGAAUUCCGCCUAUGCGCUGGUGACAGCCUCGUUGUCGGGGUGACACCGACGAUGACCAUCCUCUGGCAGUACAGCUCUGUUGUCAGGCGACGAGCGGCUAUCCGCGAGGGCAACUAACCAGCUGCGAGCAACCUGGCCGCGGUGCAUCCUCACACAGCUGUUUUAGCGGCUUGUGUCAGACUUGACAGACGGUGGAUGAAGCCAAGUGUUUGCCCUGAUGCUCUGAGCUGGACCAGUGCCUUUUCUCGACUUGAACUCCUCUCUAGGAUUCAAUAGAAUAGUUUACUCUUCCUGAAGAGUUUCAGAAAUAAGAUAAUGGAUUUUUUCGGGGUGCUGCAUUUAGACGAACUGUCCCACGGACUGGCAAACUUGUCCAUGUUUCCAUACUUUGACAUGGCGCACUACAUCGUGUCAGUCAUGGCUCUGAGGGAGCAGCCAGGAGCUCUCGAGGUGUCCAGAGUCAGCCCCUUAGCCUGCUGGUUCAGCUCCAUGCUCUUCUGCUUCGGCGGAGCUGUGCUGUCUGGGAUCAUGCUGGCCGAGCCACCUGUAGCACCUUUGACCAACAGCACCAGCGUUCUGCUUGCUUCGGUCAUCUGGUACCUGGUGUUUUACUGCCCCAUGGACGUGGUGUACUGUUGUGCUGCUGUGCUGCCUCUCAGGCUGGUGCUGUCAGGGAUGAAGGAAGUGACCAGGACAUGGAAGGUGUUGGGAGGGGUCACCCAGGCUCACGGCAAAUACAAGGACAGCCUGCUGGUCAUGAUUGCCAUUGGGUGGGCUAAAGGUGCUGGAGGUGGUCUGAUAAGUAAUUUUGAGCAGCUUGUUCGAGGUGUGUGGAAACCGGAGACUAAUGAGCUCCUCAGAAUGUCUUACCCCACCAAGAUCACCCUGAUAGGGGCGGUGCUAUUCGCUCUGCAGCAGACCCACUACCUGCCUCUCCAGAAGCACCACCUGAUGCUCCUCUACACCGUCUUCACUGUUGUCAACAAGUCAAGGAUGAUGCUGACAGGCUCUUCCGCCUCACCGUUUGCUGCCAUUGAGUCGGCCAUCUACAAGACCCUCUUCACCGGCUACUCCCCUUACGCCGCCCUCACUGGCGAGGUAAAGAACGCAUGUAUUGAUAAUGGCACAACCACCAGGACAACCUCCGCCGCCACAACCAAAGAGUCCAGUGAGAGCGGAGCGGCAAGGAAACACACCCCGGCUUCUCCUGUCAAGGGACAAAGUGAAUCGCUCAAAGCCAAAGAGGAGUCAGAGAACGCAGAGACAACAAGCUGCAAAAAGACCAACUAGUCAGCCUCUGCCCCAUAGCGCCUUUUCACCUCUAAGCUGGGUUGUGGAGUCAUUUCUGAUUCAGAUUUGUCAUGUCAGGACUUAAAAUUUCUGUUCUAUUUUUCUUUUAUCAAGAAACAUGUUUUUGUCCUGCUGGCUGAGCAUGUUUUUAUUCCGUUAUUUUCAUUUAUUUUUAAUUUCUUUUGCAUUUCUAUUUCAAAGUCGUCUGCUGAAAUAGAAUUUCUAUAAGAGCUGACUCCAAACAACCCUGCACCUUAUUAUGGGGAUAAUCACCCCGUCCUUAAAGUACUGUAAUAUUUAUACUGUUGGAUGUGAACAUCAUACUAUCCUUGGGCUGAUUGCAUAUUUGCAGUACAAUGUGUAGCUUAAUUAUGAAUAUAUAUUUAUAAUAAGAACAAACUGUUGAUAAUUUUAUCUCUGGGUUUUGGGAACAGUGCUGUGCACCUGCUGAUCUAUGAAUGUCUCUAUCUUUGUCUUUCUUUCUGUAUAUAUUCUGCUUCAUGUAAAUGCUAUAUUUCCUACUCUGAAAUAAUUAGAGACAUUUUUUAAAAGAGAUUAUAUUCUAUGACACGCAGAUAUUUUAUUCUAUUUAUACUAAAUAAUUGCACUCUUGAAUGUAUAACAUUUCAAAAUGAAAGACAACAUAUUGUGUUGUGUUUCUUUGGUUAAUGCUUUGAAUUACAGUUAAAAGCAUGAGAAUAAACAGGUUUAAAUGCA